AUGGAGCAGCAAGUGUCAGCAAAAGUGUCAAAGAAUAUGUCAAAUGAUGGCCAGGCAACUGACGACCGGAAUGUAUCGGCCAGUGGACCAGGGCUGGCGCGUGAACCAGACUUGACACAGAGUCAAGCUUUAGGCCUGACUUUGGCAGUGAAUGAGGAUCUGUACACACCUGCACACACUCCCUAUCCCGAGAAAGGUCUGAUGUACCAAGCAAGGAAAGCCUUUGAAGAUCUGCCCGGAGCUGCCGACGACCGGGAUGACGACAACACCGGUAUACUUAUCGACUACGAAACAAGCAGCGGCCACAGCUUCGAGAUUAUCGGGUCACAGACUAGACAGAUACUGCAUUCCAUGACACCUGCGCACACAGAGGCAGGAGAGGAUGCUCUAGACCCUACUAUAGGCCCUGAAUUAUCCGAAUCAGACCAGCAACCAGCCAUGCCGAGUGUUGACUAUGAGUCAUCGAUACCAGGCCCGGUUCAGGACUCAUCUAUACCCAGCUAUGUACCAGGUUCCUCGGAUAUCGAAGAUCCCGCCCACAAUAAUUCCUACGAGCGUGUUUCCAUUACGUCUCUGCUUUCGCACGUCUCGUCGUCUACGGCACAGGUGUGUGCAACCGUAUUCACCGCACACAUGCUUGUCGUUUCCUCUUAUGUAUGGAUAUAG